UGGUUCAUCAUCUCGCUGUUUUCCUGGUUCUCUGUAUUUCUGGAGGUUUACAAGGAACAACCAGCCCGCCUCAGCAACAAAAAAAACGAGAUAAAAGAUUUAUGCAAGGUAUCGAAUUAUUUUUUUGCUUUAGUUGACAUUUCUUGGUGAGGGGCAGCGCGUGGAAAACAAACUGCGUGAACAAGCCUGCUCGAAGAUUAGAGCAAUAGUCAAAGUGCUAGCUUUAUGGCAGCCUAUCUUGAUCUCUCUGCGCCUGUUGUUUUAGUGAAUUAAAGAUAUUGCGUCAGCCGAAUCUAUACUGUAGUUUAACACGUCUGAAUUUUUGGUCUAACUGCCUGCUUUUUCUGUUUUCUUCUUCUUCUUUUCAUUUGGUCUAGCUCUUGGUCAAAACAGUUUCACUGCCAUUUCUCCUCCAAAACAAGGGAGACUGCAAUAUCUCUGUCAAUCAAUUUAAUUUCAUUUAAAGCUAACAUAAACGUUUAACGGGGUUAUUGUGUUUAAGACACACUUAACUGACAAUUCAUCUUUGCUUUCAGAAAUUUGUUCUCGGUUUCCCUGGCAUUCCAGGAUCAAAUGGUAUGCCGGGAAUGCCAGACAUUCCAGGACCGCAAGGACCCCAGGGAAGGGAAGGUCCAAAAGGGCAGAUCGGUGAUAGGGGAUCACAAGGAAUGCCAGGUCUAAGAGGAGACAGAGGGCGCGAAGGGCCUCCUGGAAAGAGCGGACCACCAGGAAUUGUGGGAAUAAAAGGUGAACCUGGACUUGUGGGAAUGAAAGGAGAGCGAGGCAUCGUGGGAAAUCAAGGAAGAAAAGGAAGCAAAGGCGAGAAAGGAGAAAGCGCCAAAGCAAGUCAAGCAACUGUCGUACCACAAAACAACUGGAAACAAUGUGUGUGGAAAUCAGACAGCGUUACAGAUAACGGAAAGAUUAAUGUAAACUAGAAACGCGCCUUACGCGGACUCUCGUGAGUGAGUUAGAUGAUCUCAAUCGGUAGAAUGAGGUUGAAAAUUCAAAAUUUUGCUGAGAUAAAAGCAAUUUAACAGCUAUGAGGUUAUUAAUCUCUUCCUUCUCUCAGCCUUCAUUCCGGUUAAAAGCAUUAAUAUCCUACGUUAUUCAGCAUUACUAGAGUUGCAGCCUUAUAAAUCUUUUUUUUUUUUUCUUUCCAGGACUGUGCUUUUAAAAGGUUGAAGUCGGAUACAGCGCUUAGAGUCUCAUUUCACGGAACCAUGAGGGUCCACGGUGAUUCUAAGUGUAAUCGGUGGUAUUUCAAAUUUAAUGGAAACGAAUGCAGUGCAUUACGAGCCGCAAGGUCGAUUUUCGUGCACGCACCAGGGAUCCUUAAUUUCCAUGGAGAUACCCACAAACUGGACUCAAGUAACUACAAGGCGUUAGUCUUGACACAUUUCCUUGCGCACCUCAGGUGUGCACAUUAAUCGCUUUCUGUCAGUUCAUCUGUCAAUAAACUCAUUUUAGGACAGGACACAAAUUUGCGUCAAAUAUCAGAGCUUGUCUUCUGCGCGCCGAAUUUAUACCAUCGGAGCGAGAUAUUUUAACUCAGCUAUGGCUCUCGUCAAAAUCGCUUAAUGAAAAUAAUUGAAUUCAUGGUUGGAGUUAAAAAAGGGUCUUGGUGCAAGUCUUGGAAAAAAAAGAAAUAUUUUUUUCGUUUCUUAAGCGAAAGGCAAAAUCUAGUGCUUUAUGAAGGUCGAAUUCGAACCCUCCAAAGUAAUGAUUAUUCGGUACGUUACCUGGUAAGUUACAUAAUUAUUGUCGCCGAAAUGGUUUCAAAAGUUCAACGUGAAGAGUUCUGGAUGUUAUUUCGCAUCAUGUCCGAAGCACAGAAACUGUGUUCGCCGAUAUAAGGUAAGAGAGACCUUACUAUUUAAAAGGUAGAGGAGCAGCUUGUUAUGGCCGUCGCAUGCGGAGUUCGAGCACAUCGGUGAAGCCGGUUUGACGACACUGAGGAAAACUGAGGAAAAUAUUUACUUGCCUUUGGUACUGUGUAUAUCCUCGAUCACUAUACAAUAACGCACAAAUAUUAUAAUUCAAAGGGCAUUUACAACACGCGCCAAAAGAGCCGUGAUCCUGCCAAGUGCUCGAACCAUCUAACAUAGUGUAAAAAGGGGGCAACACACGACUUUUACCUCGUGCCAAAAUGCUGCUUGUGCCAAAAAUUGUUUUCUCUGGUGGGCAUAUUAUAUUCUGGGUUCUACUCUUUGAAUGAGUAAAUGUGAAUUUUACCGCUUGUUUCAUACUGAGAGGUCAUGACACGCAUAUUGAUUUUCUGCGGUUAUUGUUUCUGGUCGGCAUGAUUUGUCCUCUGAUGCAAGAGCACUUUCUUCGACCUCUUUUGAAACGUAAAUCUCUUCCUUUGCGGCUAAAUAAGAGUUUUAGGUUGUUUAGUCUUCUCCAAAGUGCCUCCUGGAUCUGAAUAGCUAAAGGCGAUAUUCUUUUGUCCGUGAAUGUGAUGGUUUCCUUCAAUUUAUGUCACGCUGGGCCCAGCUCGUUUAGCAUUUUCUGCACGAUGUUUUCUUACGCUGUGUUAGUUUGGUUACUCUCUCCUCUCCCUCUUGGCUUCCAGGCGGCACGCCCAAGUUUAAGAGGUGAAGAGAGAUUUAUUUAAAUCGAAACACUCGUAGCUUGAGUCGAUCAUGUUUUGCUAGUUAGCCUAUUGCAUUUUUUAUACGCUGUGUUAGUUCGGAUAAUUCAGUAGGUUAUUCUCUCCUCUCCCUCUUAGCUUACAGGCGGCGCACCCAAAUUUAAAAGGUGAAGAGAGAUUUUUUUCAAGGGUAAAAAACUCGUAGCUUGAAUCAAUCAUGUUUUACUACCUAGCCAAUUGCAGUUUUCAUGCGCUAUGUUAGUUUGGAUAAUUCAGUGGAUCAUUCUCUCCUCUCCCUCUUGGCUUACAGGCGGCACGCCCAAGUUUAAGAGGUGAAGAGAGAUUUUUUUAAAGUAAAAAAACUCGUAGAUUGAAUCGUCAUGUUUUAGCUAGUUAGCCAAUUGCAGUUUUCAUGCGUUGUUAGUUUGGAUAAUUCAGCAAUUUUUUCUCUCCUCUCCCUCUUAGCUUACAGGCGGCGCGCCCAAGUUUAAGAGGUGAAGAGAGAUUUUUCAAGGUAAAAAAACUCGUAGAUUGAAUCGUCAUGUUUUAGCUAGCUAGCCAAUUGCAGUUUUCAUGCGCUGUGUUAGUUUAGAUAAUUCAGUAAAUUUUUCUCUCCUCGCCCUCUUGGCUUACAGGCGGCGCGCCCAAGUUUAAGAGGUGAAGAGAGAUUUUUUUCAAGGGCAAAAAGCUCGUAGCCUGAAUAGACCAUGUUUUACUAGCUAGCCAAUUGCAGUUUUCUUACGCUGUGUUAGUUUGGUUAUUCUCUCCUCUCCCUCUUGGCUUCCAGGCGGCACGCCCAAGUUUAAGAGGUGAAGAGAGAUUUAUUUAGAUUGAAACACUCGUAGCUUGAGUCGAUCAUGUUUUGCUAGCUAGCCUAUUGCAGUUUUUAUACGCUGUGUUAGUUCGGAUAAUUCAGUAGGUUAUUCUCUCCUCUCCCUCUUAGCUUACAGGCGGCGCGCCCAAGUUUAAGAGGUGAAGAGAGAUUUUUUUCAAGGGUAAAAAACUCGUAGCUUGAAUCGAUCAUGUUUUACUAUCUAGCCAAUUGCAGUUUUCAUGCGCUAUGUUAGUUUGGAUAAUUCAGUGGAUUAUUCUCUCCUCUCCCUCUUGGCUUACAGGCGGCACGCCCAAGUUUAAGAGAUGAAGAUAGAUUUUUUUAAGGUAAAAAACUCGUAGAUUGAAUCGUCAUGUUUUAGCUAUUUAGCCAAUUGCAGUUUUCAUGCGUUGUUAGUUUGGAUAAUUCAGUAAUUUUUUCUCUCCUCUCCCUCUUGGCUUACAGGCGGCACGCCCAAGUUUAAGAGAUGAAGAUAGAUUUGUUUAAGGUAAAAAACUCGUAGAUUGAAUCGUCAUGUUUUAGCUAUUUAGCCAAUUGCAGUUUUCAUGCGUUGUUAGUUUGGAUAAUUCAGUAAUUUUUUCUCUCCUCUCCCUCUUAGCUUACACGCGGCGCGCCCAAGUUUAAGAGGUGAAGAGAUAUUUUUUUUCAACGGUAAAAAACUCGUAGCCUGAAUAGACCAUGUUUUACUAGCUAGCCAAUUGCAGUUUUCAUACGCUGUGUUAGUUUGGUUACUCUUUCCUCGCCCCCUUGGCUUCCAGGCGGCGCGCCCAACUUUAAGAGGUGGAGAGAGAUUUUUUUUAAAUUGAAACAUUCGCAGUUUGAGUCGAUCAUGUUUUACUACCUAGCCAAUUGCAGUUUUUUUACGCUGUGUUAGUUUGGUAGAUCAGUAGAUUAUUCCCUCCUCUCCCUUUUGGCUUACAGGCGGCGCGCCCAAGUUUAAGAGGUGAAGGGAGAUUUUCUUAAAGUGAAUAGUACAUAGCUAAAAUCGAUCGUCUUUUAGCUAGUAAAUGCAACUUUUUUACAUUGCUUUAGAUAGAUAGAUAGAUAGAUAGAUAGAUAGAUAGCUUUAUUAAAAAUCCAUUGCAGCCCAAGGGCUGGAUUGCGGACUGUACAAUACGUUGAAUACUAAGACUAACUAUUAUAAAUCAAUAACAGUAAAUAAAUAAAACAAAGGAACAAAGAUACUACGUCAUGAAAUUUAAGAAAAUAGCCGCGAAUUUACAAUAAAACCAUUAGAAAAUAGCCGCGUUAUGCAUGAUAAAACUAUUCAUUAGUCUAUUUGUUCUACAAAGAGGUACGUUAAAAGCGCGCUUUCUCCUUAAGGCUACAGUACUAAGAUUACGUGGCGGCAAAAGGCCAUGUAAUUUGUGGAGGCUGUUGUCCUUAAUCUCAUUGAAUAGGCGCUCUGUCAGCCAUUGGCGCCGUUGAUGGAGGGUGGUAAUAUUGCACUCUUUGAGAGCCUCUUGAUAGCCUAAAUCUGGGAAAAUAAUUCUAAGUGCACGGCGCUGAAUUUUCUCUAGCUCUUCAGAAAGAUACUCAGGCAGACCAUUGUGGAAAACUUGGCAGGCAUAUUCAGACAUGGGCCGGAUACACGUAGUAUAGAAACAAAGUAGCUGCGCAGUUUAGUUUGUAUAAUUCGGUAGAUUUUUCUCUCCUCUUCCUAAAGGCUUAUAGGCAGCGCGCCCAUUCUUAAGAAGCUGUGAUAAAGUAUAAAGUAAGUCACAGCUUGAAUCGAUCUUGUUUUAGCUAGUAGUUACAGAGUUGUUGCUUUUGUUCAUAUUUUGUUUUCGUUAGUGUAUAUAAUUCAGUAGAUUUUUAUUCUCUCUCCCUCUUAAGUCUUUAGCUCUUAUGCGAUGCGCCCAAUCUUACUACAAGUGGUGUUGGUUUCAAAAGCGAAAUUUAGUAAUUGUGAUUUUUUUUCUGAUCUACGGCUCUCAGUCUGGAUAAUAUAUUUAGCGUGAUGCCUGUGUUUGAUGUACACCGGAAACCGGAAAAAAGCUAGUUUUUUCCGCGGGCGGCAAUACUUUAAUUUCGACAGUUUAAGGUAAAAUAUUAAGAUAAUGUCUAAAUCAUUUGUGAACUGUGGUAGUUUUUUUUUUUUUUGCCUAAAUAUCUCUCUUCGAUCAAAUGUGACAAUUAGGCCAGAUUUAUAGUAGCGAUGUAAAAAUUUCCUCGGUGUAUGUUGAAACCGAACAAACCUCGUGGGUAUCCGCUUUGGCGGGUGAUCUCCCUGAGAGAUAACUGAGUUGUUGUUUUCAUUGUUUAUUCAUCAAGUUCUCAGUUGUAAUUAUUUUUCGGUAAUAUUGUUCUUAUUUAUUGUUUAUUGAGUGGGUCGGCUAAAAUUAAAGACGAAGAGUGAAGCUCCAAUGCAGAAUUUUUGAAGUCUAUUUGAUAUUAUGCUUUCGACAGUGCACGUGAAUAGCAACUAGGUUGGGUGUCCACUUAAGAUAAACUGGAUUAAGUGUCGAAGAUGAAAGAUUGCUCAAUAAAACGAACAUUGUUGACAGCUUUAAGAUAGGCUCAGGGUCUCUUGAUGUAAUAUAACCCUUGGUUCAAAACAAUAGACUAGGCGCCUCGCCCUUCAGAAAUAUGCUGUUGUUUACAACGACUGGUCAUCUCGGAACCCUAACCUUCAUCAUCAUCGGUCAUUUGAGGGGUACUGUGAAAAUAUACCACAAGGCGCGGUUAGAGUGGAAUUAUGGGUAGGACAGUGUAGUGGCUACACCCUGGGUGAUGCUCACACCGGAUGGGAGUCAGUGUCCCGGAUAAUGAUAGAAGAAGUAUCUAGGCCCCAGUCCUAA